AUGCUGGGCGGUAGUCACGGUCCCUUGCCGGCGGCGUUGGCGUCGGUGCCGCGGCAGGUGCACAAGAGCCUGGAGGCGGAGCAGGUGGCGGCGGGGUGGCCGUCGUGGCUCGCGUCCGUCGCCAGCGAGGCCAUCAAGGGGUGGGUGCCGCGCCGCGCCGACUCCUUCGAGAAACUCGACAAGAUCGGGCAGGGGACGUACAGCAACGUGUACAAGGCGCGCGACCUGGAGAGCGGGCGGCUGGUGGCGCUGAAGAAGGUGCGGUUCGACAACCUGGAGCCGGAGAGCGUGCGCUUCAUGGCGCGCGAGAUCGAGGUGCUGCGGCGCCUCGACCACCCGAACGUGAUUCGCCUGGAGGGGCUGGUGACGUCGCGCAUGAGCUGCAGCCUGUACCUCGUCUUCGAGUACAUGGAGCACGACCUCGCGGGGCUCGCCGCCUGCCCCGGCAUCUCCUUCACCGAGGCGCAGGUGAAGUGUUACAUGCAGCAGCUGAUGGCGGGGUUGGAGCACUGCCACACGCACGGCGUGCUGCACCGCGACAUCAAGGGCAGCAACCUGCUGCUGGACAACACGGGGUCGCUCAAGAUCGCCGACUUCGGGCUCGCCACCUUCUACCGCCCCGAGCAGAACGUGCCGCUCACCAGCCGCGUCGUCACGCUGUGGUACCGGCCGCCCGAGCUGCUGCUGGGCGCCACGACGUACGGCGUGGGCGUGGACCUGUGGAGCAGCGGGUGUAUCCUCGCCGAGCUGCUCGCCGGCAAACCCAUCAUGCCCGGCCGCACCGAGGUGGAGCAGCUGCACAAGAUAUUCAAGCUGUGCGGCUCGCCCAGCGAGGAGUACUGGCGGCGCUCCAAGCUGCCGCACGCCACCAUCUUCAAGCCGACGCAGCCGUACAAGCGCGCCUUGCGCGACGUGUUCAAGGACUUCCCCUCGACGGCGCUCAACCUGCUCGACGUGCUGCUCUCCAUCGAACCCGCCGACCGCGGCUCCGCCACCUCCGCGCUCGCGCACGAGUUCUUCACGACCAAGCCGCUGCCAUGCGACCCAUCGAGUCUACCGCAGUACCCGCCCAGCAAGGAGUACGACGCCAAGCUGCGCGACGAAGAGGCCCGCAGGCAGAGGGCGGCAGGGGCGAGGGCAGGCAAGGUGCUAGACAGCAGCGCCAGCACCAAGCAGGCGGCGGCGGGGCAGGGCGCGCAGCGGAGCAGCACGUCGCAGCAGCAGCCGCAGCUACAGCAGCAGAGCCAGCAGCGGUCCAGCCGGGCCGUGCCUGCGCCACACGCCAACGCAGAGCUUGUCGAGUCCAUCAACAUCCAGAAGGCGGCGCAGGGUAAGGCGGCAAUAGCGAAGAGCAAGAGUGAGAAGUUCAUCAGCCCAGCGGAGAUGGCCUUGGCGGCGGGCCUGCAGGGGCUGGGCCCGCACGGGCUCAGCGCCGCCAAGGCCGUGGACACGCCCGACGGGCUCAAGGCGCUCAAACCCGCUGACGCCACCGACAAGCUCCGCGGGGCGGCGCCGGGCGGCAAGAGCCUGUCCGCCACCACGUCGUGGGUGCCGGGGCCCUCCUUCUCGUCCGUGGGCGCUGCUGCUGGCGCUGCAGGGGGAGGGGCAGGGGCGGGGGCGGGGGUGGGGGGGAGGAACGUGAGUGGGGAGGUGGGGAUUGGGGAGAGUAAGCAGGGGGGACUAGUGCGGACGGGCAGUGCGGGCAGGAGCAAGGGGGGUGUGAACCCCACGAGCCAUGAGCUGUCGGCGGCGGGGGUGGCGGCUGCUGCUGGCGUGGUGGGUGUGGGUGGUGGCAGUGCGGCGGGCACGGGUGCGUCCAAGGACUUUUCAACGGGGUCAUCGCGCGACCUCACCGAGUCGAGAGACGCUGCUCUGCGCAAAACGUGGAUGCUCAUGGGCGCCCACGGCGAGCUGCCUCCCGGCGUCGCUGCUGCGCUCGCUGCCACACGCGGCGAGGGCCACAGCCACUCGCUCAACGCCGUCGCCAGUGCCAGCAGCCUCGAGCGCGGGGGUGGGGGUGGAGGAGGGGGGGGAGGGGAGGACCGAGCAGUGGUGCGCAGCAGCAGCAGCAGCGGGGGGCGGGGGGCGGCAGUGGAGGUGAGUCCGCGGGGGCGGCCCGUGUCCACGUUCGCCGUGGAGUUCAGCCCGCGCCGCGCCAGCCCCAGGCGCCCGGGCAGCGGCAGCGGCAGCAGUGCGGGCGGCAUGCGCGGGGCGGCGGCGGAGGGCAGUCCGCGGCGGCGGUGGUCGCCCAUGCGAGAGGGGUCGCCGCGGGGGACCGCCCGGCCCAAGCGCAGCGUGGUGGGCGUGUCGCCCUCGCGAGGCGGCAGCAGCAGUGCUGGGGGCAGCGGGGGGAGCAGUGCGCACAGGCGACGGCCGUCGGGGGGGAGUGGGGGAGGGGGAGAGUUGCAGCAUGUGGGUUUGGAGGGGGGAGUGGCGCGGGCAGGUGUGGGCGCAGAUGUGAAGGUGGCAGCGGUGUCGUAG